AAAUUAAAAAGUUGCAAAAACAAAGAUAUUUCUGAAAGGUAUUUCAGUACAAGAUUGUGGCAUGUUUGUGGACAAAAACAUUCCCUACUUAGCGGCAAGUCCAGAUGGCGUUGUUGAUGAUUCGACUAUUGUAGAGAUAAAGUGUCCUAUUUCUGCAGAAAGCAGUUUAUCUCCAGAAGAUGCAAUAAAAAAUGGCAAGAUAAAAUAUCUGAAAAUACAAAAUGAUGAAGUAGUGCUGAAAGAAAACAGUCACUAUUACUAUCAAGUACAAGGCCAACUACAUAUCACUGGAAGAAAGAAGUGCAUAUUCUCCGUCUAUACUUCCAAUUGGAUGACACUUAUACCAGUGUACAAGGACGAUGCAUUCUGGUUAAGUAAAAUGGAAGUGAAGCUUAAAAGCGGUGCCGAAAUACAAAUCCCCCCUCAGGCCUACUUCUGCAUUCGGAACUUGUAUUAA